AAAAUGAAACUAGACUUCAGUCCUCCCAACUCCCAGGCUGAAGCCACUAGAUGACAUUCCUGGGUGGAGGAAGGAGUGGACAGAAAUAUGUCUAACUUGCGAAACUUUGAUCCUGUUGAACAACAUUGCAUUGGUUUUCUGGCCUCUGAAAUGGAAGCCCAGACAGUGGCACCAAAGUUUUGGAACUUGAGGAGCUAGUACUGCAGCACAAAUCCACCCAUUCCCUUUCUUCAGUUGAACAUCAAAUUUCCUCUUUAGAGACUGCUUUUUCAGUGUCUUCCUUACCAGCUGGAUUGACAGGCAGUGAUUGAUCCAGAAGAGGUCAAUUUAUUGAGUCUAGGAAAGACACAAUAAAUCAACCGGUGAUUGCUCUUAGUGUUGACUCUGGUACUCAACAAGAAGCAUAAGGGGAAUCGAUGGGAGAGUGCCUCCCGUUGACAUGCUGCAGUGAAGACACCAAGGAGACUUGCACCGUUGCUUACAUUUUUGCAGUAAGAGCUGAGCACAGCUGAGGCCUGCCCUUGGAACAUGUCAUUUUGAAGAUAGCACGUAAGGAAUGCAAAGUUGGAAGUCUGUGAUUGAGUAGGGGAGCGUGAAAAAUAAGAAACCUUAUGUACAGAAAUCUCUCUUAUGGUGGAAGACUGGCUUUCCUGUACAGUCUUCAAUUUAGGAUGUCUGUGGCUUGAGUCUCUUCCACUAUAAUUAAAGGUGGAAAGAUGCCAGCCUCCUUAAGAAAACUACAACAAAUGGCUAUUUAUCUGGGACUGCUCAGUGGUGGGGGAUGUGCUAUGAUGUAUUAUCUUAUGCAAAAAAAUUUUGCAAGGAUGCAAUAUUAUCAGCUGGCUAUUGAGCAGCUUAAGAAUGAUCCUGCAGCCCUAGAAGCACUGGGGGCUCCCCCUCUUAAAGUCCACUACAUCAGACUGACAGACAAGAAUAAUCGUGUGGACAUGGAAGGAGCACAGUUAAAAAUACCAGUAUCUGGAACAAAGUCAGCUGGGUAUCUCCAUACCAGUUCAGUAAGAGACCUCUCACUUAAGUGGUGCAUAGCUCUAGUGAAGGAAGGGCCUUGUAGCAAAUACAUGAGAGUGAGAUGCAGGAGGGUCUGUGUUCAACUCCCAGCUUUAUCACCGGCUUCCUGGAUGAUAUGGGGGGCCAUCGUACUGUUUCAAGAAGCAGCCAUGACAAGGCAGGCCCAUCCCUGCUGAAGCAUUGGAAGAACUAGAAGCUGACAGCCUUCAUGCCCCCCAUGGAAGAGAGACACCUUCUGAUAUAGCUCCUAGAUAGAACUCCUCUUCUGUCUGGUUUACUACUCACCAUGAAUGCUAUGCUGCUUCUGCAUCUGAUGAUUCUGGUUGCAGUGUUUGGUAAAAUGUUAUUUCCCACAAUAUUGUACUGUUCACCAAACUCUGGGCAUUGUGGAGGUCUGUGCUUAUGUACAAAUCAUGUGCACUCCUUGAAGCGGUGCAUACUCUAAAGCUUUGCUUUUUUGCUGCUUCUGGGUUUUUUUUCCCCCUGUAUUGACUUACAGCCUGCCAACCUUUUGCUUUUGUUGUUCUGUCCAGAGUCAGGGUCCUGUUUUUCUUCCAUUAUUUGUAUUCCUUAGUUAUUUUUGACUCCCUGACACAGUAUUACUGCUUUGUGUCAGUCUUAUCUCCCAAUAGCGCUUUUUGCAGCUUUGGAUCACUGAGUCAUAUUACAAUUCGAUCCCUUACACAGGUGACUCCUGACUUACAACUGCCUUGCUCCAGCUGCUGCCUUCCUCCAGCACAGCCCCCGGCCGGCUCUGGGAGCAGUUCAUGCUGCAGACUACAACUCCCAGGAGGCAAAGCGGGCCAGAAAUGGAACCCCCAUUUUUAUCAUUGCGCCUAUGGGAAAAAAAGGGUUUGACUUAUGAUGGCUCAACUUACAAUGGUUCUCCAGGAGCCAAUUAGGUUACCAGACCUUGAGAUGUCAGGCAUGUUCCCCCACAAAGGCUCUGUCAACUAAACCUUGGAGGUCAAGGGAGAAUCUAUUCAAGGAUGUGUUGUGGCAUUUGACACUUCAAACAGAAGAGAGAGAAAAGAGCUAGGAAGAUGCAGAUCAGAACUGAAACCACUGAGCACAUGCUAAAGCUAAAGGAAGACCACAGCUCCAGGAAAGUUGCUUUAUGCAUCUGAAAGUUGUGUAGCCAUUGCUCCUCAUCCCACACCUGUAUGACAGUGUGAUCCCCCCACUCAGGCUAUGUCUAGACUGCAGGCUUCUUUCGAAAGAGC